UAUCUUCGUUCUUUCAUCAUAUUACAUAAGCAUUAAUAAAGUAACUUUAUUAAAGUUAAAUUAUUUUAUAUUGUGAAGUUUAAUUAAUUUUCUUAAUAUUAUUUAGUUGAAGUUCUCCUUAUUCACUUCAAGAAAGAUUUCUUAGGUUGUCUUCGAGAAAAAAAUGGCGGAAAAAGGAGUUUUAGAUUAUUUGAAGAGUGCAAAUCGACCUUACAGUGCAAAUGAUAUUCAUGGAAAUUUACAAAGCUAUGCUAAAAAAGAUGUAACUAAAGCAUUGGAAACAUUGGUCGAGAAGAAGCAGAUUAUCACCAAAGCUUAUGGCAAGCAAAAUAUUUAUUUCUUCAAUCAGGAUAGUUUUACUGAUUUUAAAGAUGGAGAAAUGCAGGAGAUUGAAGAAAAAAUUAAAAAUCUUUAUAAUGAACAUGAAAAACUUUCAAUGGAUUAUAAUAUGAAAAGAGCUGAAGUAUCCCGACGAAAGGAGAUACCGCCAUUGACCGAGAUAGAGAAAAAAUUGUCUGAUGUGCAAAAGGAAAUCAAAGAUUUGGAAGAAAAAAUUCAAACGUCAGGAUCUGUCAAAGUUGACUCUGGAAAACUCAAAGAUUGUCAAAAUGCUCACGCUAAAAUGAAAAAAGAAGUCAAUAGACGUAAAAGAAUUGCUAAAGACGCUUUUAAUGUAAUAUUAGAGCAUUAUGAAGGUUCUAAGGCGAGCCUUCUCGAGGAGUUGGAUAUUGAUAUCUCUUAACAAGAUGACCUUCAGUGUUGAAAAUAUAAUGAUUUAAAAUUUUGUGAAUUAAUUGUUCAUCAUCACUGAACAACAGAUAUAAAUAUUUCAAAGUUUCA